CCCUUCACCAAAUAUCUCCAAACUUGUCCUAUUUCCUUCACAAAAACGAGGAGGAGAACCCAUCAAAAAACUCUCUUAAAGAACCCAAGACCCAAACACACACACACAAAAAGAAAAAACAAGAUGGAAGCUGCCAAAAUUUUCGUCACUAUAGCUCUAACCUAUGCUGUAACAAUUGCUUUAGCGAUGAAAACCAUCGGUGCCGUUGCCGAAGAUAACUCUCUGAUUCCAUUAACGACUUUCAGAGACGCUGGACCACCCGUACUACCAAUGGGGAGUCCCAAAAGGGUAAGUCGUUUCCUCCAGCAAGGAUAUAGAAACCCUAGAGCUGCCGACCAUUGCCACAAAGAUGAAGAGGUUUGUUACGUCCUAGAAGGCGCCACCUCCACUUGCUGCAACAACAAAUGUGUCUUUUUGGCGACGGACAACCACAACUGCGGUGCAUGCAAGAGGAAGUGCAAGUUCACCCAGGUUUGCUGCCGGGGAGAGUGCGUCAACAUUGCUUUCGACAAAAGACAUUGCGGAGCUUGUAACCACCGGUGUAACCGCGGCGAGUAUUGCGUUUAUGGCAUGUGUAACUAUGCAUGAUUUUAAGACUUCUUUGUGAGGGUUGGGAUUUAUUCAUAUACACAAUAAAAAAGAAGCCACAUUUAAAGUGGUUCUUAACUAUUAUAA